GAGUUCUGAGUUGUUGCCUCCCGGCGGCUGGCCUGUUGGACUAUGCUCCUUUUGUCCACUGGGUGGCGCCUCCUGAGCCAAGCUCGCCACCUCCCUCCUUGCCCGCCCCGCCCCGCCCUUAAGUCUGCUGCCAUGUACACCCCCCGCCUCUACAACACCACGGGGGGAGGAGGAGGAAGUGGGGUCAAACAGGGUCGGAGGGCGGGGCUAGCCGUGCUCGAGGCCCCCCAUCCGCCUCACCUUUCCCACCACUCUCACGCGGCGUCCCCUUCCCCGGCCUACCCGCUGUAUCAGGGGCGCCCUGACGCCCACCGAGGAGCGCACUUCCACCACCACUACCACCCCCAUCCUCACCCCCAGCCGCACCCUGCCCAUCUAGCCCCGCCCCCUCUGACCGCCCACUACCAGCACCACGCCCACUUCCACAUGUAUGGAGGGGCGGCGCCUCCUGGAGGCGGGCCGGCCAGCAGCAGCAAGAAGAAAACGUGGAACUUCAUCCACGAAAAGAUGAGUUACGACACGUUCUUCACCAUGAAGCGUCUGAUCGAGCGCUCGCGGCGGCCCGACGAGGUGCUGCGCUGGGUCACCCAGAACCCCGCUAAGAUCUCCCACAACCACUACCCCGUCGCCCUGCAGAAGAUCGGACAGCUGCUGCAGGCACCGCCACUUUUGCGGGGUGGUGGUGACGUCAGCGAGGCGUUGGGAGGAGUGGCGGAGGGCGGAGUCAGACGUCAGAUCCUGGAGCAUCAGGACUUUCAGACGCUCUGCAACGCCAUCGUCAACGACUGCGCCAAGUUUGACAACUUCAGCAUCGUCAACUGUCUGUACGCCGUGGCUGCACUCGGUCUCCCCAGCGACUCUCAGGUGGUCCAGGUGUUGGAGGCGGAGUCUCAGUCCAGACUGAACCAGUUUAACCAGAAGGACGUGUCCAUGGUGUUCAGCUCCAGUAUGAAGCUUCACCCGGGCAGCACGCACCCGCUCACCGAGGCGUGCCUCACCGGCCUGGAGAAGAACCUGGAGAGAGAGCGCCACCCACAGACGCUCUUCCUGCUUCUGUCCUACUACAGACUCAAGUGGCGCUCGCUGCAGCCGCAGGACUCUAGCCCCGCUGCAGGGGGCGCUAACAAUACCAGCACACCUCCAAACCCUGACCAGCUGCUCGCCAACAGGAAGAUCCUGCGUCUGGUCAAACACACUCUGGCGAGCGUGAGCGGCGUUCGUGACCAGGAGAUGGCGCUGCUGGAUGAGAUGUUGGCGGCGUGCGCUCGGGAGGCGAGCAACAAGAGUCUAGAGUUGAUCUUUAGUUCUCACCUGUUCUACCAGAACAGACAGGAGAGGUUCAUCAGCAGCCUAGCAGAUGAGUUGCCAAAGAAGGUGGACAGCAUCACUCCAUACACGAUGGCUCUGAUCGCUAAGUACAUCGCUCGCCAUCGCCUAAGAGAGACUCGACUGCUGGACACGAUCGCAGACUUCCUGGUGAAGAAGGCCGAGUACCUGGACAGCAAAGUGAUCCAGAAGCUGGUGUUCCCGUUCAGCAGGAUGAGUUACCGUCCGUCCGGCGAGCAACAAUUCUUCUCUCGUCUUGAGGAAGUUGUUGAACUGAAGGCGCUCAGCUCGCCGCUCGCCACUGUCAACAUCCUCAUGUCGCUGUUCCAGCUCGGACACUUCCCCGGCCCCGUGAUGCACCGCGUCUUCUCCUCCGCCUUCAUCAGCAACGUCACCAACAGUCCGUACGCGCUGAUCGUGAGGCGAUACCUGUCUCUGCUGGAUGCUGCUGUGGAGCUGGAGUUCAGGGACUACAGUGGACCCCGACUGCAGGACUCACACAAGGUGCUGAUGUUUGACCACGCCCUGACUGCUGACGAGGUCAACCGCAAGUACAGUUAUAAAGGUCUGGUGGCCGAGGCUCUGAGACAGCUGGUGGGAGAACACAACUACAAACAGGACGAAGUACUCGCCCCCGGGUACUACACAGAUUUUGUGUUGUGGAUCGACAGUUCUGGUCGGGUUCUGCCCAUCAGGACUGGAGCAGGUUUAGCUCUGACCAUUGUCCCGCCGUCCUGCGUUGCUGUGGCAGCUAAGCCUGCAGAUGGGUCUGUUUCCAUAAUGACCUCAGAGUUCCAGAAGUUCUCUCCGUUUGCUGCUCUGGUGGAGGGGGCAGAGCAGCCAGGUCAGGGGGGCGAGGCAAUGGGCGUGAACAUAGAGUCCAGAUCCUUCCUGCCCCACCACAUCCGCAGCACCACAGGGGCCACAGCAGCCCCUGGGCCCCAGCGGUUAGGUAGUAAUGGGGGCUCCCUGGAUUACGCCCCCUACUACGGCCCCCCUGCAGAGUUCUACUCGGGUCUGCCCAAGGAGCACUCUCUGGAGAGCCAGGACAGCUCCACACUCAGCAGCCCCCCUUCCGACAGCCUGGCACAGCCAGGGGCCCCUGGACCUGCAGGGGCACCAGCACCAGACUCACUCUUCCAGUUUUCAAUCGGGAAGAUCCUCGAGGACAAGGGGGGGGCAGGGACCCAGGGGGGCAAGGGGAUAGACUGCGAGCUGCCUGGAUUCUACGAGGGAGCCACAUACCCCGAGGGGCCUGGGGCUGACAGAGAGCCCCCCUCACCCCCACAGCUCCAACCCUCUGAGAGGACCGAGUCAGAUGACCCCCCCACAGAACAGAGGGCCAUCAGGAGGGUCAUCAUGUCUGUCAACGACAAGUGGCACUACUGCCACAACUCUGAGGUCCUGGUGGGCUCCAGGGCCAUGAGGGACCGCCACCUGAGGCUGCUGGGAUACAUCAUCCUGCAGCUGCCAUACCACGAGCUGGAGAAACUGAACGGCAUCGAGGACGUGAAGCAGUACCUGCACAAGAAGCUUCUGGAUGUCCCUCUAUGACGCUGUGUGUGUGUGUGUGUGUGUGUGUGUGUGUGUGUGUGUGUGUGUGUGUGUGUGUGUGUGUGUGUGUGUGUGUGUGUGUGUGUGUGUGUGUGUGUGGCUGAACAUCCUGUCAGUCGUCCAUGAGGGCAGAGAGAGACACGUGUGUUCAGGUUACACUUGGAGCUAUCACUAAAUGAUUUGACGUCAUUUAAAGCAAAAGUUAGUGAGAGAUGAUUGACAGCUGACUCAAAGUCUAAAACAGGUGGAGUUAUCAGGCUGCUGUCUUUUAAAUCAGAUC